UUUUGCGGGAAACAAAAUGUGGAUAGGAUAAGUAGAUAACGGUUUAUAACACAUCUUCUAUUUUAAUCCAAAAACACAAAUUUCAGUUAAAAUUAUACAAACUAAAGAGAAAACACACUCUCAUACUACUCAGAAAGAUGAAAUCUUCAUCUUCAAUUCUCACCAAAUCCAUUCAUCUUUAUCGACCCAAUAAUUCUUUCAAAUUCCACCAUUUUAAUCAACCCCAUUUCCCCAAUUUGCAAAAUGACAGAAAAUUUAUGACUUUCAGGGUUUGUUGUAAAAUCAAUGUACCACAAGAUAAGAGCAAUAAACCCAUUUCCCAGAAGAUUGUAAUUUCUGAAGGAGCUCCUUCUUUGAAGGAGAAUAGUGAUGGUAGUGGGGAAGUUCCUCCUCCGCCGCUGCCGCCGAAAAAGCCGACUUCUUCAGUGAAUAGGUUGUUGAAGAGAAUCCCUCAAAGGGUUUUGGGUGUUUUGUCAAAUUUAUCACUUGCUAUUGGAGAAAUGUUUGCUAUUGCUGGGCUUAUGGCUAUUGGUACUUUCAUUGAUCAAAGCGAGGCUCCCGAUUAUUAUUUUCAAAAAUAUCCAGAAGAUCAUCCUGUACUUGGAUUUUUCACUUGGAAGUGGGUUCUAACACUUGGGUUUGACCACAUGUUCUCAUCGCCAAUUUUCCUUGGAACAUUAGGACUGUUGGCAGCAUCUCUAAUGGCCUGUACUUACACCACACAGAUUCCCUUGGUUAAGGUCGCACGAAGAUGGAAUUUCUUAAAGUCAUCUGAGGCCAUUUGCAAGCAGGAAUUUUCAGAAAAACUGCGUAGAGCAUCAGUUCAAGAUUUGGGUGUUGUUCUUAUGGGGGCUGGAUAUGAGGUAUUCUUAACAGGACCGUAUAUGUAUGCUUUCAAGGGUCUAGCUGGCCGGUUUGCUCCAAUUGGAGUUCACCUGGCUAUGAUACUAAUAAUGGCCGGAGCAACACUUAGUGCCACAGGGAGCUUCAGAGGUUCUGUUGAUGUUCCUCAAGGACUAAACUUUGUCGUAGGUGAUGUGCUCAGUCCAUUUGGAGUCCUCUCAAAGCCUACCGAAGCUUUCAAUACAGAGGUCCAUGUUAAUAGAUUCUCAAUGGAGUAUUAUGAGAGCGGAGAGGUAUCACAAUUUUACACUGAUCUCUCUCUUUUUGACCUCAAUGGGAAGGAGGUGUUGAGAAAAACAAUAAGCGUGAAUAACCCUUUGAGGUAUGGAGGAAUUACAAUCUAUCAAACGGAUUGGGGCCUCUCUGCUUUGCAGAUUCUCAAGGAUGAUGAAGGUCCUUUUAAUUUGGCAAUGGCUCCUUUGAAGUUGAAUGGUGACAAAAGACUUUAUGGAACUUUUCUGCCUGUUGGGAAUGAUAACUCUCAGAAUGUCAAGGGAAUAUCGAUGCUUGCUCGUGAUCUACAAUCUAUUGUCUUGUAUGAUCAAGAUGGAAAAUUUGUGGGUGUUCGACGACCAAAUUCGAAACUUCCAAUUGACAUUGAUGGGAUAAAAAUUGAAAUUCUAGAGGCCAUAGGAAGUACAGGCCUUGAACUAAAAACUGACCCUGGAGUGCCUGUUGUAUAUGCUGGAUUUGGUGCUCUGAUGCUCACAACAUGUAUCAGCUAUUUAUCUCACGCGCAGAUAUGGGCUUUACAAGACGGAACAACAGUGGUGGUUGGGGGGAAGACAAAUCGUGCAAAGGGUGAGUUCCCAGAUGAAAUGAACCGCUUGCUUGAUCGAGUUCCAGAACUAGUGGAAAAAACUAUAAACAAACCAUCUGAAAGCUUGAGUGCAUAGCUUGCACUUCAAAUGAAGUAACAGUCAACUUCAGAGGUGCAUGAGGUAAAUUUCAGGGGGAAAGAAAAAACAUAUCUCCACAUGAUUCACAGUAUACCAGUAAGAGUGCUUCUGCAAUCUGACAUUAAUACACAUUAUCAAAAUAUAUGCUCUCAAUCUCUCAUUGAUAAAUUCUGUGUAUAGUUGUAGUCAUUCUUUGGAAGUGUUUCUUUAUGGUCUCUGAAGCUUGAGUAUGAAAGAAUCUCAAAUUCUCAAGUUUUGAUUUUCGGUUACUUUUUUCCCCAAAUAUAUGUUAAUGUAUUACAUGUCAAGGGCAUACUAGUUAGUUGUAUAAUUGAACGAACUAAUAUAUACAAGAGGGUUGAAAUACUAUUUACUAUACAA